AUGAAAGCUAUAGAAAGGAUUUCGGCAAGGUGAUUUUCUGUAAUAAAAGACUCGAGCAACGAAAUUAUUAUUUAUUGUGAUGAAAAUAAUAAUAAAAUAGGAGAAUGCACAAGAAAAUAUAUGAGGGAUCAUCGAUUAAGGUUCAGAAAAUCAUUUGUGUUUGUAAGAAACAAAGAGUAAAAAUAAUAUAGAAACCUAUUUUAUGUCCAAAAAAGAGUAAAAUCUGCUUUUGUUUAUCCUGAAUUUUAUGAUCCAGCUCCAGGUGGAGUUGUUUUGGCUUCUGAUAAUAAUGAUGAGUACUGUGCGAAAAGAGAAUUAGAGGAAGAAAUGGGGAUGAAAAUUGAUAAAGUUGGCUUUUUAAUGAAUUUUCUCUAUAAAGGUCAAUGGGGCUCCUUACAAAAUGACAGUGUUUUUUGACAGUGUACAUUUCAACGAAGUGUAUUUGGUAGAAAAUUUUUAAAUAGUGUGACAUUUGGUCGAAAUUUAACGGGGUUUUUCAGUCAAAUGUCCAGCAUAAAAAAGUUUAAAUAUUUCUUAGACCAAAUGUACUUUGGCGAAAAGUACACUAUCAAAAAGUGAAUAAUCAUUGGACCUGCACCCAGUCAAUGGGAGUAUUGAUGUGCAACAUUUUCUGCCCAGUGAGACCAGCCGAUUAUAUUAGAUCCUGAUGAGGUUGAUAGUGUCGAAAUAAUGAGCCUCGAAGAAAUUUUAAGAAGGGAAAAAACUGAAAAAUUUACUCCAGAUAGCAUGAAACUUUUGCAUGAGCUAAUCAAAAGAAAUUUAAUUCAGGAAUAA